AUGACACUAAGUGAUGUACAGGAACAACUAAGUAUUAUGCAGGAGCAUAAUGACCUGCAUGAUUCCAUACUUAAGAAGGUAGAGAAAGAUGUUGCAGAUUUAAAGAAAGAAAUACCAAAAGAAACACCAAAACUCAAGCAAGGUCGUAAGAGUCCCCGGGGAUUAAGUGCAUGUGUGCGUAAAGUACAUGCAUCUUUUGAUGAUGAUGAGCAGUACAAUGCUGAUGAACGGGUAAAAUAUUCUCAUAACAAAGUUGUAACAGACAAAAUGGUCAAAGAUGUUGUGGGUGCUGGGGAUCAUGAGGAAAAGUCAGAUAUUGCAUAUGCUGCUAAGAAGUACCAUGAAUACCUUGUGAGGCCUCUAACCCAAGCCCAAAGGAAGGUGGUUUUCAAAAAGAACCGGUUAAUACAAAGAAGACAGCGAUUGUUUGAAAGGUGUCUCAAACAUGCCAUUGGAUGA